CCCAUUGCACUGCACACCAGUGGAAGAGGAAAUUGCUACUCGACUUGAAAAACGUGUGUUUUGAUGCCCCUUCCCUACACCUGGACAUUGGCAAACAGACUUUUUGUCUUUGCACUAUAAGAGGCCUCAUGGGCUCUGUGUGAAUUCUACUUGAAGGGAGAAAGACUCACCUGAAUAGACCAGUGGACAUCCGUUGGUGCAUUUGUUCUACUUCCCAACAUAUGAAAAACCACUUUGUGCGACUCAAAGACUUAAAGACUUUCGCCGCAUGGGAGAGCAAGGACUAGAUAUUUAACAUUCUUUGAUCUACCUGCAUUCUUUUUCCAACAUCCUAGGACUAGGAAAUUCAGCGUAAGAAAAGACGAGGUUAAACAGCAGGGGCAUUGUGUUCCAACUCCUGCCAAAACCCCUGCCACCCGAAACACCAACCAGCGGGCAACAUCAAAGACCAAACCCUCCAUCCGACCUCCCUCCUCCUCCUUACCCUCCAAAACUAAAGCAGAGACCAAACAGUUGUGGGUGAGAGAGCAGAGAAACAGCAGGAAUACUAACAAACGAACUGCGGGAAAGUGCAAGAGAAAUCAAGGGCAAAGGUUUGAGAUCACGCCUUCAGAACUGCCAUGGUGCGAGGUGGCGGUGCGGCUAUAGCGCCGCCCUGUUGGGGCCUGUGGGCGGUGGGCGCCCUUUCGCUGGCGACGCUGUGCCUGACAGAGGAGGCCAUCCGCUGCCCCGUGUGCUCCGAGGAGCGGCUGGCCAGCUGCCAGCUGCCUGAUGGCAGCUGUGAAGAGACGGUGAGGGAGACGGGCUGCGGCUGCUGCCCCACCUGCGCCCUAGCCAAGGGGGCGCACUGCGGCGUCUACUCGCCCCGCUGCGGCACGGGGCUCCGCUGCUACCCGCCACGGAACGUGGAGAGGCCCCUCCACUCGCUCAUGCAUGGCCAGGGAGUGUGCACCAAUGAGAGGGACGUGGAAGAGAACUCAGCGAUGGAGAGACAGGAUGAGAUCAUCCCUGAGCACCCCAAUAACAGCAACAUCCGCUGCAGUCCCCAGGACAAGCGCUGCAUCCAGAAGACCCUGGCCCGCCACCCCGCCAAAUCCACCAAUCAGAGAAGCAACAACGCCAGGGAGGACCCAAAGGCUGCCCUGGCUCCAUGUCGUGCUGAGCUGCAGAGAGCGCUGGACAGACUGGUGUCCAAUACUCGCACUCACGAGGAUCUCUACAGCAUCCCCAUACCCAACUGUGACAAGAACGGAGACUUCCAUGCCAAGCAGUGCCAGCCAGCGCGUGACGGGCAGCGGGGAAAGUGCUGGUGUGUAGACCAGAAGACGGGCAUGAGGCUGCCGGGGCCCCUGGAGCUGCGGGGGGAACUGGACUGCCACCAGCUAAUGACUGCAACCAUGAGAGAGUGAGGAGGGGACCGGCGGGGCUCCCGGGGGGGGGGGCAGGGCUUAGGGCCAGCCAAAUUCUACUUGUGCUGAUUAGUUACAACUAUGGAAGGAAAGGACUUAACCCUAAAGCCUCACUUCACCUGAGGCCAACGGUACUUGUUGAAUUUUACUAUUGUUUGUUUCCGUGUGUGAGUCUGUAUGCAUCUUUUUGAGCACGUGUGUGUUUUGAUUCUGUGAAGUUAGGCAGGCUCUUGCUUUAAAUAACAGGUGGCAAACAACAGGCCCCCUGUUAACAUUCUUCUCAAAACAGGACAACAUUGGUUUUGUUUAGUCUAGUUGAACUCUGAUUUCCAUCUCUUAGCAUCUUUGAAACAAAAAACAUAAAAACUUUAUGCAUGAGUUAAGUGUCCUAAUAUGGCUCACCAUCGACCAUUUAGCAGCAGCUGUAGAAGAUAAUGAAUAUUGGGAGUGAGAGAGAGAGAGACAGAGAGAGAGAGAGAGAGAGAGAGACAGAGAGAGAGAGAGAGAGAGAGAGAGAAAGCAACCAGAGUCUCCCUGCUUUGAAUUACCAAUUGAUGAUAAACCGCAGCUUUUCACAACAUUUGGAGACAUGAAGUGAAAAGAGAGAUUACUUUUGAAAGAAUAAACUGUACCUCUGAGAGGAGCCGAGAAUAGAUGUGCUUUAUCGCUAUCCCCCCCUUCUCUCCCUCCUCUUCGCAUCGCCCCUUCUCUUUGACUGGGAGCUCUCUCUCUGGCUUAUUUGUCCAGGGGGACUGGCAGCAUAGCUGGGCUCAGAACUCUGUACACUGCUGAUAGGAUAAUCUUGUUUCUCCAGCUGGGGCUGAAGUGCUAAGACGCCAGUGCUGCUGCUCUCAUGUUUGUAUGAAUAUGCUUCUAUAUACAGGAUUUCUUUCCAACCAAGAGACUGAUUGUUGGCAGUAUUGUGGAGUUUAUAGUGGUGCUAUACACUCAUUGUGCCAAAAAAACCAACUGUUCUUUUCUGUGCUUUUUGGGGCAUUGCUUUUAGAAGGAGACAGAGAUACAAACUCCCAGAUGAGGUGGACAAUCUUAGAAUGGCCUAAAUGUGUGACUGACCACAAAUACUGUCUAGUGGCAAAAUAUCUCCACGUUUUUACUACAUUGAUUAAAUAAAACAUACAAGUAAAUGCACAGAUAUCAGUGGGAGCAUUACUAUAGUUAACUUCCUGACUGUUUUAUGGACUAAUGUAGUGACUUUGCAUGCAUAGUAGCAUGUGUGGGUAGUGAAAACUUCUUAUGGAUAUAAGAGAAGAGGACUUAGUGACUGCAUGAUGAAAAAACACGCUCUAGACAGCCUCUGUAAUUGCUAGCUAGCUGAAAUGUUCUGAGAAACGUCAGAUGUCUAUAUAAUAACAUUAGAAACCUCACCGAGAGAUAGCAUCCUGGUCAUAUAUGGACUCCAUCCAGUAUCAAUAAGUGAACACCCUUGACUUUUACUCUGGCAGAGCCAGUUAUCAGGUUUGACAUCAUCGAUGAAGCAGUAUAUGAGCCAAGGAAUCAUUGAUUUGUAUUAUUAUGUUGACAAACUUACUGGUGCAUCAUGCUCUACCUACCUUGCCAAUCAUACCUUCCACAUAUACUACAUGGACAAGACUGUUAACAUCCCUACAGCGAUUUGAUUGUACUGUAUUACAAAUGGGAGGAAAAUAUCAUAAUUGGUUCCCUGGGGCUAUGAUCUAUGAUCUGAUUGGUUGAUUGACUGACUCAGGCUAAAGCUGUGGACCACAGGGAGUUCAGGAGAGAAGACGACCCUUGAAUACAUGACAGUCUGAUCAGUGAGUUCAGCGAGGUCGGUCGUUUGUCAUUUCUAGAAAUGGAUAGUGCACGUAAUCCUCCCCUGAGAGAGUUGGGUUACUAAUUGACUCCAGGAAGGAUUCAUCUCGCCUGGACGUUCAUUACUAGGGUUAAUAGUACACAGGCACAGUGAGCUUCAUGUAGAGCGAGGCGAGGGGACAGGGCCGAGGGGGUAAACCAGACGGACAUGGGGAGCUGUUGUCCCGCUUCCUCUUUCAAGAACUGAAAGAACAGUGCCGGACAGGACAGGUUGUCCGAAAAUGGACUCCUACAAAUGAUAGCCAGCUCUUUUUGUCAGCUGAGAUGUGAGUGGAUAGACUAGAGGGAGAGGAAAUAGAGACACCGUGUGAGAGAGAGCUAGAGAGUCCCAGCUACAUUUGUAUUGCACUGAUUUACUCUCACAAAGCCACAUUGUGUCCGUAAACUUUUACCAUUCACUCUUUCUCUCACAUACCCCUCUGGUUCGACAGAGGAGCCUAGAAAUCAUUCAAGGGCUUUCCUCUGGCUGUUAUCAAGAGCAGCUGAACACAUUGCUAGUCCAACUAAGCCCCACAUAGCAAUGCCCUUCAUCAUGGUCGUGCUGUCAUUGCUGCCAUGGGUAGUAAAUGUUGGGACAGAAACAUCUCAUUUCAUUAGGCAACAUUGAACAUUCACACCUCCCAGCCUGGGGACCAAGUAGAUAGAACACCAUCUGUGCUACAUUGCCGUUGAGAAUCACAAUAUCAAAGACAUUUGGGUCGAUGUGUGACAUGACCUGACAUGACAUGAGCCGGUCCAAAGAUAAUUAUUAUGGACUUAGCCAACUGUAUUGUAUAUGUAACUUGCUUCCUUGUAAAAAAAUAUAAUAAAAAACUGCCAAAGUUAUCCAAAGGAUUUAUGGGGAUACUUUAUGGUAAUACUGCUGCAGUUUACCUAGUAGUCCCUCAGUCAAUGACUUAUCUUCUGAACUAAUUACUAACCUGUAGAGAUUUACUUAGCCUACACAUGGUGAACUUUGACGAAAGCUUUGACCAACAAACAAACAUCCCCAGUGGGCUGGCUGAACCGACAUCCAGUUUUGCCUGCUGCUGGGUCAUUAACCUUGAAACUGAGCCUUUAUAGUUAAUAUUAGCUUUUUCUCAAUUGACAAGUCCCUAAAACAUAUUUUUGGCUCUCUGAGGCUAUUCAAUGAAACAGGAUGCUCUUACUUUCCACCACAUUCCAACAUGACAUCCCCUAUUCCCAUAGAAUACCUAAGAGCAGUUCCGCCCCAGCAGCCCCCAAUGAAAAGCCCAUCUUACAAAAGCUGGUCAUAUUUUAAUUGUCAUUGUAAAAAUUCCUUGUUCUAAACCGUAAUCACACAUAUCUUCAACAAAGCUACUGAUGUCAUUCCCAACUAGAAAGACAUAGGAAAUGGUAUUAAGGAAGGAGGAUAUACUGCAGCAGAUAAGUUGAUUGUAUUCCAAACACAAUGAAGUGACAUGAAGAAAGAAAGGUAUCUCCAAAGAAGUUACGAGCAAGAAUAUUUUGAGGUAUGAAACCCCAAAAAACUAUAGGGGUGCUUUGUGUACAUUAAAUGUUGAUAUUCACUUGUCAUGUACUGUAUGAAAAAACACCAUACAUAAGUCUAAGGCCUUAUCUGAGGCAUAGUACAUUCCAUUUCAGUGCUACUGUAGAUAUUACCUCUAGGUAAAGUAGUGCUAUGUUUCAAGUGAAUGGUCCUGGUUUUCCUUUUGGAUCCAAGACCUUCAGUGUUUUACCUACAUUAAACUGUGUAUACUUACGCUAUAUUACUUGAUCUCUAACUUUUGCUCUACUGUACUUGUAUUUCUGAGGGAUAUUCCUGUUUGCCUUGGACUUUACCUGUUAAUUUUACUGUAAAAAGAUUCAAAAUAAUGUUUGCAUGUGUAGCCUAACUAUAUACUGGGUUUAAACAUGUCAAGAUCUUGUGUGUGUGGUCCAGAACAGGGCCAUGCUUUAAAUACAUUGAAGAAAACGCAGCAAGAAUUUGUGCUUGUCAUGGAAUAAUGAUUUGGUUACCUUAGAAAUGUUUACUCAAUGAGAGAAUUGUAUACAUUGUAUUAGAUCUAAUGAAAUUAUAAACGUGUAGCAUCUCA